AUGUCUCAGGAGGAAUUAAAGAUGAGUGUAAAUAAAUUCGUCCGCGGAUUUGUUUUAGAUCAAACACAGGAUGUCCAAGCUUUAAUUAUACAGCGUGCCUAUAGAAUGUACAGACAAAAAAUGCAUUAUAAGCGUUUCAUCCAACUUAUUCUCAAAAAUAAGAAAAGAAUGAAACAACUCUUUUUCACAGGCUGGAAACUUGCAUUAGAUAACGAACCUGCAAAGCAACGCAAAGUCUACAAGGAAGCACUUCCUAUAUUAAGACUUCAUCCAUGGGUUCAAAGGACAAGAACACUUUCUCCAUAUCCAGUCUUCUAUCUGACAGGCCAAAUAUACAUUUUCAGGCCAUUCACACCCGAACAAAUAUACGCAUUCGUACAUUUGAUGUACAGCUACUCAAAACAUCGAUGUCUUCGUCUCUGGCACAUUACAGCUUCAGGAAGAGUCAAACAUCGUAUGUCUUUGAGCUUUAUUCGUUUUUCAACGAAGAAAGCUGCAGCAUUUGGAGUUGUUUACAGAGCAUUUCUUCUCUGGUAUCGGUUCAUCAAAUGGAAUGCAAUUUAUUCACAGCAAACAAUUGAUACAAAAAUGUUUAUAAAUGUUCCAUGCAAUGAUGUACUUCCUAGAUGGGAUGUAAUCCAAGAAAGCUACAACAGCAAGAUCAGACUUCAACAAAGAGCCAAGUCUGCCUUCUUAUUGGCUCUAAAAAAGAAAACUUUGCGAGCAUUAUAUAAUAAAUCUCUUGCAAAUGCAGCAAAUCAGCAAGUAAUAUACAAUGCUGAUGUAUUCUAUCAACAAAACCUCCUUAAAACUGGUCACAGAGCUUGGCUCAAGUAUAUCGAAGAAAAACAGAGAGAUAGACAGAUGGCAGCGAAAGCAUUCAACGCUUGGUACGAAAUAGCGUACGACAAAGCUCAUGAAAAGACAAGAAUUCAGUUUUUCCACGAUCGAGAAAUCAAAUUUUUCUCUCAUCGAAUUCUCAACCGCUGGAUUCACAUUUCAGGUGCCGCAAAGCUCAAAGAUGAACUUAUCGUCACAAGAAUCCAAGAAAAGCCGAGAAUCGCGAUGAGAAUUAUUUUUCCGCUUAUGAAGUUAGACAUUCUUGCUUUCAACAUCCGCUGCUUUGAGCAGUGGAUAAAAUACACUCGCCGCAGAAGAUUGUGGAGGAGAUUCGUAAUGUGGUCAAAUGAACAAAAAGAACUCUCAGAAAAGAACUCAAAGAUAAUUGCAGCGCUCAAGAAAGUUGCAAACAUGCACAAGAUUGGCGCUCUCUCAUCAUCUGACUCGAUUUUACCUUACAGAAUUGGAAUUUGUCCUGAAUUAACUUUUUCUGCCAUUAAUUCAAUUCAAAACGAGAUAAUCGAGAUGGACGAGAAUCACGAAGCUGCUGUAGCUCUCCCAGCGAAGACAAACUUUGAUUUGAACGCAUUUCUCAGAACAGUCAUCAUUUUGGUUGACGAGAAGAAAGAUUUUGCAAUCUCCUACAAGAAGGUCCCUCCCAAAGAAGUUUUCGAGAGAUUCAGAACUCACCAAGAACUCAGAGAUGCAAUUUCUUCUAAUUCUUUGAUUUUGAAAGAAAAUGUAAAGCAAAAACUGACACGUGAUCGGGCAAUUAUCACUGCAAUCAAAUGCCAUGAAAAUGCGAUUGAAUUGCAUAAAAUGGAACCAGAUUUUAACAUUUCCAAAGAGCCAAUUUAUGAUUUAGUUCCAAUGAAUUUGAAAUUGAACGAAAAUCCACUGAAAAUAUAUCCAGAAUACAAAGUUUCGUUCAACCAGUUGAUUAGACAGAUGGAAAUGGCUCCACCCCGUUUGAUUUCAACGUUUAAGACAGAAAUGAAAUCUGCUUUCACGAAUUUCGACAAACACAUGCGAUCACCAACGAAGAUCAACAAUCUUAAUGGCGGAAAAUCACAGAAUACGCUUGCUGGAAUCUUUGGAGGCUUCGUUAAUUCAAUGGUUGCGACAAAGAACGCAAUUAACCAUGAAAUUAAGAAUAACCGCAUCCAAUCAUCGCUCACAAAGCAUAACAUCGUUAAACAAGGUUCAUUUAAAGGUCCUAACGGUGAAAUUCCUCAUUGUUUGUUCAAUUACGAAAGAAUUUGCUCAUUUGCGAAGAAUUACAAGAUGAAUGAGUUGUUUAUAUCAACAUCAAAGUUCAUCAACUCAUUGUGUGCUGUCACAGUUCCUCCUUUCAAAGAUUUGUCGUUGCCAAAUAUGACAUUAACAGAAAAGAGGAGAUAUUUGAGGAACAAGCAAUUGUUUAUUGAUGAAACUGAGUUUCCUGAAGCAGCUGAUGUGGCAUUGGUCCUCUACAAAUCACUUUUGACAACAAAAUUAUCAAAAUAUCUUGAAAAGCAUCCAUUCCCUGAAGAUAUUUAUCAAGACGAUAUCUCUCUUCUUGAUGCAAGGUAUAAACUAUGGGCCGCUCUUAUAAAGAAGUAUCAAAGAUUCGAAGUUCCACAAAUCGGACUCCCUGAAGGCCAAAUCCACUUGAAAUCAAUGAUGAGUGGUAUUGGAUCUUUCAUCGGGACAAUGGGAAAGCCAACAAAUGGAUCAAUGCUCUCAUUCAAUCUCGAAAAGAAAGAAGAUUUGACAAGCACCGAUGGAUACAUUGGCAUUUUAAUACUCCCUCUUGUGUUCACUGUUGAUAAUGUUUUUACAUUUGUUGAUGAAGAAUGUAAUUAA